AGAUGUCGCACCUGUCAAAUAAUCCAAAAUGGCGUCUGCUUGUGCGCUGGAGUGGGUGCCAGAUUCUUUGUAUAAUACAGCUGUCUCCGCCACUGUUUCGUCCUACUCUAGACACAGACGAGAAGUUAAAAGCCUCCCAGAAGAUGUACAGUUUGACAUAUGUUAUAAAUUAUACAACAAAGGAAGAAUAUGCCAGCUAGCCUUAGAAUUUUCUGAAUUGGACACAUUUGCAAGAGUUUUAAAGGUUAAUGACAAAAGACAUUUACUUCAUCACUGCUUCCAGGCAUUAAUGGACCAUGGUGCCAGCGUUGCUGACAUCCUGGCAGAUACGUUUGCAAAACAACUAGCACCACAAACAUGUCAGGACCCAUUUACCAGGGACAAAACCAUCCAUCUUGGUUUUCAAUUAGGUGGCUUCCUGUGUGAUGCUGGUUGGUUCUGUGCCAGUGAGACAGUAUAUGAAGCCUGUCUUAGUUUGUGCCAGAUCGAUAAGUCUAAUUUACACAAGUGUUUGGAGUGCAGUGUGGGGUUAUUGCAUGUCCAGAAUGCCAACUGUAAAUAUGCUAAAGCUGACCAGACCUGCCAGAUAGCUCGACAGACUGUAGAAGAGUUAGAAUCCCUGGGUUUACCUGUCAAUGCAGCGCCUUUUUACACGGAGUGUUGUGCUCUAUUGUUUGCAGAAUGUCAGUAUGACCAGGCAAUAAAAUAUUGCUCAAAGGCUGUAAAAGCAUUAUCCAGAAAUCUACCAAACAAGACUGUUGUAGAUAUUCUAAGACAGUGCUCAAAGGCCUGUGUUGUGAAAAGGGAGUUUUGCAAAGCUGAAGUGCUUGUGAAACAUGCAGUCUGUUUUGCUAGGGAGAAGUUUGGAGAUAAACAUCCAAAAUAUUCUGAUGCACUACUGGAUUAUGGGUUUUAUUUAUUAAAUAUAGAUUCAAUAACAGCUGCUGUGCAGGUCUAUCAGAUGGCUCUUGGUAUACGUCAGUCUGUAUUUGGAGGAAGAAACCUUUACGUAGCCAUAGGACAUGAAGAUCUGGCAUAUGCUUCAUAUGUUCAAGAAUAUAGUUCUGGGAGGUUUAAUGAUGCCAGAGAGCAUGCAGAAAAAGCCAUUGAAAUUUUAAGUCAUAUACUGCCAGAAGAUCAUCUGUUACUGUCCUCAUCUAAAAGAGUUAAAGCAUUGAUACUGGAAGAGAUUGCAUUAGACAGUCUCUCCAAGGAAGCUAAAGAGAAAAAUCUACAGGAAGCGCAGGAACUUCAUCUUCAGUCUUUGACAUUAGCUAGGAAGGCCUUCGGUGAAAACAAUGUACAAACUGCAAAGCAUUAUGGGAAUCUAGGACGUCUGUACCAGUCCAUGCAGAGAUAUGAGGAGGCUGAAGAGAUGCACUUAAAGGCCAUAGAAAUUAAAGAAAGGCUCCUAGGGAAGGACGACUAUGAAGUGGCAUUGUCUGUGGGGCAUUUAGCGUCCCUCUAUAAUUACGACAUGGAGAAGUACGCUGAGGCUGAGAGACUUUACCUUCGAUCAAUAGCAAUUGGUAAGAAAUUAUUUGGUGAAGGUUACAGCGGUUUAGAAUAUGAUUAUCGAGGACUGCUAAAAUUAUACAGGACUACAAAUAAUCUGGCCAUGGCUGAUCAUUACCAUGAUAUCUUACAUCAAUGGAACACCAUUAGAGACAUUAAUAACGCCACCGAGGUGAAACCGCUAGAAUUCUCGUUAUCUACAAACUUUGAAGAAAAUGUGAAAAAGUACUUUUCCUGAGAACGUGAGGUAAACUGUGUAUCAUUCUCCACAAGUCUGUGUUCAGUGGUGCGGUUGGAAAUGAUUUAUAAGAAAAUCUUUGUGUAUUCUAUACAUGUAAUAUUCUUUACAUGUAUCCUCAAAUGUAUUGCAUAACGUUUUCAUCAGAUCGAUAUUGUGCAAUUUAAAAGGUGAUUGUCAAUGUUGUUAGCCUUUGUAUUGUUUACUGACUGACUGAUGUUUAAGUCAAUGUGUAGCCUUCAAUGUUUCCCCUGAAUUCAAACUCUCAUGAAGCUGAAAUAAGCAUUCUGAUAUUAACAAAAAACCCACAAAAAACAACAAACAACAAAACUAUUUGGUACCUGCUUUCCUUAAUAUGUAAAAUAUGUAGAUAUAAGAUAUGUAGAUAUGAUAGCAUAGAUCUAAUGAAAACAGUAAAAUAAAUAACCAACAUAUCUAUAAGUUAAUGCUGAUUAUAAUUUAUCGGUGUAGAUGUUUGAGUGGGUGUAUUACAAACAUUUUCAUUCAACAUAUGAAUAGUUUUACAAGUGUGUACUCAUUGGUAAUAUUAGUAGCACUUCAUCACAGGUGCGUGACAUUUUAAAUGUGUGAUAAACUGAAAUGUCUUUAUAUUUAAAAUGACAAGCACCUGUGCAAUUCAUGUAUGGAGACUUUUCCCUGUUGGUGACAUCAACCUUGGUAAAAAAAAAAUUAUAUGUACACUGUGAUCGAAUAAAGUUUAAAAAUACAAGAAGAAUAUAAGUUCUGUAAAUGAACUGUAUUUAGCGGCAUUCUCUUUGUGGUUUUAAAGAAAGGAUUGAUUUUUACUGCUGUAUUGUUUAAUUUUCUGCCACUCUUAGUAGAGACUGUAGGUUUAGUUGUUAAGGAAUUUGGGAAAUAUUUUUAUAAUCUCCAAAAACCGAGGAGAGUGAUAGUAAUUUUAGACACAAACAUUCAUAAUUCAAAUACAUGUAACUGUGUGGAGAGACUGGCGAUGUUGGAUUAAAUAUCUUUGAGCACCAUUGAUUAUACUUUCUCUCAACGCUUUAACACUUUCUUCUUCUCUGAAAAAGUUUAUCCCUAGAUGUGUCCUCAAUAUUGAACAUGUAUAUUAUAUAUACAACUAAUUAUUGACACUGGGAGGUUGCGCUGGUACAUUGAACAUUUUGACAACAUGUAGUGGUGCAUUGGAGAAAAAUACUCAAGGUGUAUAUUUUUGCAAUAUUGUGAUAAGGAUUCAGUCGAAAUUAUUGUGAUCCUAUUGUGUAUAUUAAAUCAUGAAAAUUGAAGAUCACAGUUUUAUAUCAUUAAUAUGUCUCCCAAAUGAAGUUUGGAAAUAUAUUGUUUUUGUUCAGUUCUUAUUAUUCUUUAUCAUGUUUCCCAAAUGUAGUUUGGAACAUACAUGUAUUUGUUUUAAAAACACAUUUUGUUAUAUGCUGCUGCUGAAUAUUAGAAUUUAGCUUAGAUAUGCAGAACAGGAAAAUUACUAUAGGUUUCCCAGUUUUUGGGACUAGUGAUACUUUUAACUUUUGACCGAUAAGGCCUGUAGGCUCAGACUUUUUGUCCAUUAGUGUUCUCAGAAACUAUACAAGAGAUUAAGCUGAAACCUUUUUUUUAAGGAUAUAAUAGAAUGGCUUGUGUAGAUGUGCAGAAUGAAUACCAUUUUGUCUGAAUAUGCAUACAAUGCAUUGGAUUUUUGGUCUACUAACUUUGAAAUCAGUCUAACUGUUUUCAAUGAAAGCAUUUGAGAUUUAUAUUGUAGGUAUGUAUUGUGACUUUAAAUUGAUUGCAUGCUCAUGCAUGUAUGCUUUAUUUUGAUUGAAUAAUGCUAAAACAUUUAUAACUCUUAUGACAAUGUGAAUAUCUAUAGAUAAGUAUGUUAAAAAAUCCAAAUGUGCAUAUGCAUCUUCUUUUAGAGGUGCAAUUCUUUGAAUGGACAUUUUUUUUUAUUUUUUGAUUUUCAUCAAAAUCAUUUGCAAAAUCAAUGUAUGGAAUUUUUACAGUAGGUAUGUGGUACAAUUGCUUGUUGACUGACAUCAACUAAAGUGCUGAGUCAUGCAUGUGCAAUGGCUUUCUUUCAAUUUUUGGUACUGAAUUGGAUUUCAAAUUAAAGACUGAAAUAAACUGAAUUUUUUUUACUGUAGGUUUAUGAUGGUGUAAACAAGUAUUGCUAAAUCAAUUUUGCAUGCAUGUGCAUUGUAGGUAUAUUUUCAGAGUGAUCAGUAUGGUCUUAAUCACUGACUAGCAAUUGCAUACAUGUGCACUCAAUUUUGAUUGGAUAAUACUUAAACAUGCAUGACUCUCUUAUGAAUGAACAAAGUGGAAUGAUAUCCAUAUGAAAUGAAUACUUGAAAAGUAAUAGGGUUAAAAUUGCUGAAACAUAUGUGCAUGCAUGUACAUUGUUUUUCGACUUGAUAUUUUUGCUCUUACUUUGUUCUUCAUUGAAAUCUUUUGAAAUUUACCAUUGGAACUUGUACAAUAUGCCAAAUUAAAUUUGCUUGGUGCCAACUUUACCAGGUGCCGAGUUUACCUGGUGCUGAGUUGACUAGUAUUCAAAAUAUGAUGUUCAUAGUGCUAUGUUUGAUAUUUCUGUAGUUCUUAGUCUGAUAAGAGAAGUUUUGAGGCAUGAAAUACAUGUACAUGUAUAAUGAAUUCACAGUACUAAACACUAUCUGUACUUUUUUAUGUUAGAAAAGUGACUGUAAAAGUUGUUUGCUUCAGUGAUAUCUGUUAAUGUAUAUUGUUGAAUAAAUGAUUUAUUCAUAGAUA